GCGGCGGGGCGGGCGGAGCCGGCGCGGAGGAGCUGGGCUGCAGCGUCCCGGCGCGAGGCGGCUGGGCAGUAGCGAGCCACGGCCAUGCGGCUGCCGGGCCGGGGGCCUGGGCUGGGGCCCGCGCCGCCCCCAGCACGCCGCCCUCUCUGACCGCGCCCUGGGCGCCCCGGCACCAUGGUGCAGAAGUCGCGCAACGGCGGCGUGUACCCCGGGCCGAGCGGGGAGAAAAAGCUCAAGGUGGGCUUCGUGGGGCUGGACCCCGGAGCGCCCGACUCCACCCGCGACGGCGCGCUGCUCAUCGCCGGCUCCGAGGCUCCGAAGCGCGGCAGCAUACUCAGCAAGCCCCGCGCGGGCGGCGCGGGCGCCGGGAAGCCCCCCAAGCGCAACGCCUUCUACCGCAAGCUGCAGAAUUUCCUUUACAACGUGCUGGAGCGGCCGCGCGGCUGGGCGUUCAUCUACCACGCCUACGUGUUCCUGCUGGUCUUCUCCUGCCUCGUGCUGUCUGUGUUCUCCACCAUCAAGGAGUACGAGAAGAGCUCUGAGGGUGCCCUCUAUAUCCUGGAAAUCGUGACCAUCGUGGUGUUCGGCGUGGAGUACUUCGUGCGCAUCUGGGCCGCUGGCUGCUGCUGCCGCUACCGGGGCUGGCGGGGGCGCCUCAAGUUCGCGCGGAAGCCCUUCUGUGUGAUCGACAUCAUGGUGCUCAUCGCCUCCAUCGCGGUGCUGGCCGCCGGCUCCCAGGGCAACGUGUUCGCCACGUCGGCGCUGCGCAGCCUGCGCUUCCUGCAGAUCCUUCGCAUGAUUCGCAUGGACCGGCGCGGCGGCACCUGGAAGCUGCUGGGCUCGGUGGUCUACGCCCACAGCAAGGAGCUGGUCACUGCCUGGUACAUCGGCUUCCUCUGUCUCAUUCUGGCCUCCUUCCUGGUCUACCUGGCGGAGAAGGGUGAGAACGAUCACUUUGACACCUACGCUGACGCGCUCUGGUGGGGUCUGAUCACGCUGACCACCAUUGGCUACGGAGACAAGUACCCCCAAACUUGGAAUGGAAGGCUGCUGGCUGCCACCUUCACUCUCAUUGGCGUCUCCUUCUUUGCUCUUCCCGCUGGCAUCCUGGGCUCUGGCUUUGCCCUGAAGGUGCAGGAACAGCACCGGCAGAAGCACUUUGAGAAGCGGCGGAACCCAGCGGCAGGCCUGAUCCAGUCUGCCUGGAGGUUCUACGCCACCAACCUGUCGCGCACAGACCUGCACUCCACCUGGCAGUAUUAUGAACGCACCGUGACGGUGCCCAUGUACAGCUCGCAAAGUCAGACCUACGGGGCCUCCAGACUCAUCCCUCCCCUUAACCAGCUGGAGCUGCUCCGGAACCUCAAGAGCAAGUCUGGACUCACCUUCAGGAAGGAGCCUCAGCCGGAACCCUCUCCAAGCCAGAAGGUCAGUUUGAAAGACCGUGUCUUCUCCAGCCCCCGAGGUGUGGCUGCCAAGGGCAAGGGGUCUCCACAGACCCAGCCCGUUCGGCGCUCGCCCAGUGCUGACCAGAGCCUGGAGGACAGUCCCAGCAAGGUGCCUAAGAGCUGGAGCUUUGGAGACCGCAGCCGGGCUCGGCAGGCUUUCCGGAUCAAGGGUGCCGCCUCUCGCCAGAACUCAGAAGAAGCAAGCCUCCCUGGGGAUGAUAUUGUGGACGACAACAAGAGUUGCAACUGCGAGUUUGUGACAGAGGACCUCACACCAGGCCUUAAAGUCAGCAUUCGUGCUGUGUGUGUCAUGCGGUUCUUGGUGUCCAAGCGGAAGUUCAAGGAGAGCCUGCGGCCCUAUGAUGUGAUGGAUGUGAUCGAGCAGUACUCGGCAGGCCACCUGGACAUGUUGUCCCGCAUCAAAAACCUGCAGUCCAGGAUAGAUAUGAUUGUGGGCCCCCCACCCCCUUCAACUCCCCGGCACAAGAAGUACCCCACCAAAGGACAAACGGCCCCUCCAAGAGAGUCGCCCCAGUACUCUCCUAGGGUGGACCAGAUCGUGGGCCGGGGACCCACCGUCACUGACAAGGACCGCAGCAAGGGCCCUGCUGAGGCGGAGCUGCCUGAGGACCCCAGCAUGAUGGGCCGGCUGGGGAAGGUGGAGAAGCAGGUGCUGUCCAUGGAGAAGAAACUGGAUUUCCUCGUGAACAUCUACAUGCAGCGCAUGGGCAUCCCCCCCACUGAGACAGAGGCCUACUUUGGGGCCAAGGAGCCAGAGCCAGCGCCCCCAUACCACAGCCCCGAGGACAGCCGUGAGCAGGGAGCCCGCAACGGCUGCAUCAUUAAGCUCAUCCGCUCCACUAGCUCCAUGGGCCAGAAGAAUCUGUCGGCGCCUCCACCUGCCGCACCCCCUGCCCAGUGCCCGCCCUCCACCUCCUGGCAGCAGUGUGCCCCACGCCAGAGCCACGGGAUGUCACCUGUGGGGGACCCUGGCCCACUAGUGCGCAUCCCGCCACCCCCAGCCCAUGAGCGCUCAGUGUCAGCCUACGGCGGGGGUUCUCGGGGGGGCGGCGAGCACCCCCGGCAGGAGGAGGCAGUGGCUGGCCUGCGGGACAGCGACACGUCCAUCUCCAUCCCAUCGGUGGACCAUGAGGAGCUGGAGCGCUCCUUCAGCGGCUUCAGCAUCUCCCAGUCCAAGGAGAACCUGGACGCGCUGGGUGGCGGCUAUGCGGCAGUGGCCCCCUGCGCCAAGGUACGGCCCUACAUUGCCGAGGGGGAGUCGGACACAGACUCGGACCUGUGCACGCCCUGUGGACCCCCACCGCGCUCUGCCACGGGUGAUGGGCCCUUCGGGGAUGUGGGCUGGGCCCGGAAGUGAGAACAUGCUGCUUGGCCUCUGGGCUCCAGGAGGACAAGGCCCCUCCAGUGGGCAGGGUAUAGGGGGCUUCCCAAGUACCUGGCAUUUUUGGGGGUGGGUGUGGCCUUCCCCAGGCUGGAGGUCCUUGCCAGGAGUGGGGUUCCUGGCUGCAGGCCGGGUGGUGUGGGGGUAGCCUCCCUCCCAGGGAGGGUAGGCACCAAGGAGCAAGAUAUCAGGGGUCCCUCUGUGUGAGGCUUUGAGUCUCCCCCCAGCCCUGGACCAGUCACCAGCUCAUCCCUCUGUCCUUCCCCAGCUGUCUGCCUGUCCAUCCAUAGCCCUUAGGCAUCCACAGAGCCAGCAUCUCCCCUCCUGGGGGUCCUGUGAUGAGCGCUUUCUGGAGUUCAAUGAGCCCCAGAGCACAGCUGCUGAGUAUCUGCUCUGGUGGUGAGGGACGUCUGCACAGGAGAGGCUAAGGGGAGCCUGGGAAAAUAGGGGUUUGGCAUCACCAUGGCCUCUCUGGACAUGGCCAGCAAGGGGGAGGGUAGAGGGUGUGGUGGUAUGAUGUUACUGGUCCCCAUCAGUGUCCUGACAUACUGGGAAUGGGGGCGCCAGAAAAGAUAGGCCCCAUAAGCAGAGGGCCACAUGCUAAACUACAUGCUCUGUAGGCAUUCUCAUGGCUGACCCCUGUCCACUAACCUGCCCUUGGGCUGUCACUUCCUGAGCCCUGUCCCUCCUGUCACAGGCAUGUGGGCCAAUGGGCAGCAGCUAGAGCCUGAGAGGAACAGGAGUACAGUUCCCGGCCUUGUAAUCAGGACCUGGGAGUGUCUGUUGUAUUGGGUGAUGGCCCUUGGGUUGCACCACUCAGACCCAGUCCAGACCCCCAACUUCCCUAAGACACAGGGUAGAGGGAGAACCUUUAGUGGUCCUUGGUUGAGGAGGGAUCAUCUAAGAAGGACCCCAGAGCAGCUUUUGAGGGAGCCUUGGCUCUGGCCUGUGGAGUCCUGGUGUCCAGGAGCAUUUGAGGAGCUGUGUCUGCCUUCCCUGGGGAGUAUUUGCUGAGCUUGCAGGGGGCCCUCCCUGCCUGGGCCACACCCCCAUGCUAUCAGGGGGUGCUGCUCUGCCACUGAGAAUCCCUCAUCCUGCUGCAUCCCUACCUUUGUACACCCCCCCCCCGGCACUCCAUCUCUAAGACUUGUUCCCCACUUGGGACCUGGGAGGCAUGAAGUGGGAACCCCAACAGGAGCCCCUCACUCUCCCAGUAUAGCAGAGCUCCAGCUGGAGGCCUUGAGUAGGGUACCCCCAGACAGGGCACCCCCAGGCCAGCCUCCCAGCCAAGCAUCCACAUGGACCCCAGCUCUGAUUUCAGGAGUUUCAUCUCUGGCCUCCAGUACUGGACGUCUGGGGCCCCACUGCACCCUCAGCCCAGCUCUGGGGCCCGAAGUCUGUGUUUCUGUGGGGCGGGGUCCACAGAGGGUGCAGUUCUCUGAGUGUAAAGGGGUAGAGGCCCCAUCUUGCCUCCUCCAUACCCCAGGGUGCAGGCUCCCUGUCUUCAGAUGGGUGUUGGAGGAGGCUGGGGACUUCCCCAGAAGUCUGGCACUUUCUUGGGUGUGUGUUGAGGACAGGAGUGGCCAAAGGCCAGCUGCCACUGGCCAUCAGUUUUUCCUCAGACAUACCUGAGCAGAUGCACAUCACAGGCAUCUGUGCAUAUGUGUACAUUCAUCGACAAAAGAUGUGUGUACAUGAACACCCAGAUAUAAGCGCACACACACACACACACACACACACACACACACUGACAUGUACACAGCACACACACAAGGCUCAGAUACAUAAGUCACAUUCACACUAGAGUUCACUGCACACACACACACACACACUGACAUGUACACAGCACACACACAAGGCUCAGAUACAUAAGUCACAUUCACACUAGAGUUCACUGCACACACGUGCGCGCACACACACACACACACACACACACCACAUAUGUGCACAUGUGUCAGAUUAGCAGCCUUUUGAGCUCUGCAUGCUCUCAGCUUAGGGGGAGUGACCAGGGCUGGGGGGCUGAAUGUUGUUCCUAGGGCAGGGGUGCCCAUAGCAGCACUGGUAGGGGGUCUGUUUGGCACCCCAGGGUCUCAGCUGGCUGGUGGGAUGCAGAGCCUUGGGCCUAUCAAAUACCAGGAGGCCUUAGGGGCAGGGCCAGGAGACCCCAUGUCCCUGUGGAUGUGCAGAUAUGGCAUUGGGGCUCCUUUUGCCCUCUUCAGCUGCAAGGCUGGCCCCAUUU